CACGUCUUCAGUUCUGUGUUCAUCACACAAUUUCCUUGGUGUUCAUUCAGUCCAGAACAACAGUGCUUCAUAUGGGAAAUAUGUGACAAUUCUGUGCAUAGAAAGACAACCGUCAGACCCCAUAGUGAGAAUUUCAUAAUUCAACCCAUAACUAAGAAAGAUCAUGUAUUUUUCCACCGGAUUGAAAGUGGCUGCGGCUGGUUCGAGCAUUAUUGCGGCCGGAGCCGUGACCGUAGCCUUACGCCAACCACAUUUGAAAGCGGAUGGAGAUCCCACCAAUCUGGACCUGAAUGAAAAUCUGGGCAAUAAAGCCGUUCAAGCCAAGUUUAACAAAGCCAAGGGCAAUUGUAAUAACCUCGUGUGGAUGAAAAUGAACGAGAGUAGCACCCCUUGCUUGAUCUUGGGCGUGGCCUUGGACGGAAAGGUGGUCUACAAACAUGGUUAUGGGUUUGCUGAUGUUGAGAAGCGUGUUUUGGCCACUCCGGAAACUACCAUGAGAAUUGCGUCCAUCUCGAAGUCUUUGACAAUGACGGCCGUGGCCAAGUUGGUGGAGGAAGGCAAGAUCGAUUUGGACAAACCUGUGAUAGAGUACGUUCCAAGUUGGCCUCAAAGUCAUCCCGCGAUCACGACUAGACAAAUUGUCAGUCAUCUCUCCGGGAUCAGACAUUACUUGACCAAGGAACAAAUUGAGACACAGAAUUCAGCAGAUAGUCCAAAUGGUCAAGGCGAUAGUCAAUUCAAAGAAUUUCAUAUGAAGGACAAAUUUGAGUCGGUGGAAAAAGCACUGGAGAUAUUCAAGGGAGAUGAGCUUCUUUCAAAUCCGGGCGACGCUUUUCAUUACACGACUCAUGGUUACACGUUAUUGUCGGCCAUUGUGGAAAAAGCCUCGGGUGAAAAGUUCGAAAAACACAUGAAACGUAUGUUCAGGGAUCUCGGCCUUCAAAGCACCUAUUUAGACGAGAACGAACCGAUUAUUCCUAACAGAGCAAGCCAAUAUGUUCGUGACAAGAGGCAUGCUUUGAAGAAUGCCCCACAUGUGGACAAUAGCUGCAAAUGGGCUGGCGGAGGGUUUCUCUCCAAUAUUGGAGAUUUGUUAAAAUUUGGAAACGCUAUGCUCUACAGUUACCAAAGUGAAAGCUUACCAGAAACAACAAAAUCCGAGAAUGUAGAAGAUAGCGACAAAACGGAAGUACUCGGAAACGAAAAGGAGAAGCUAAAUUGUCGAGAGAUUGUUUACAACGCGUCACCUUAUUCGCCUGUUAAUCGAAGUGGUAGGAAUCCCAACCAAUCCAAGCGCAGAUUGAAUGGCUUUCUGAAGAAACAAACCGUUGACCAAAUAUGGAACCCAGUCGUUCGAAUGGGUCAAGAGUCCAGUUUAAAUGACGACGCUUAUGCCAUGGGUUGGAUGGUGAAGCCCGAAAUCCAUGACUAUGCCUAUGGGCGCAAACAAGAGCUGACCAUUUAUCACACAGGGGGCGCUGUUGGUGGAAGUAGCGUGUUGUUGAUUUGCCCUAAGGAACGAAAGACUGAAAAGGGUGACCAAAAUGAAAAAGGAUGCCCUCAGGGAGUUGUGGUGACCAUUUUGUGCAACCUCGAAGGUGUUUCUCUCACAAAAUUGGCUAUGCAAAUAGCUGAUGAAUUUCAGGGACUUCGUACCGAAGCACCCCAUAAGGUGGUGAAGGUUUACGAUUGCUAAUGCUGACCACCGUGUUCAUAGUAUUGUCCAUCAAAUGAUUUUACUACCACCCAUCAAAUAGAAUAUACUGUACCGUGAUGCUCGA